AUGGCGUUAUUCUGGUGCACGGAGGCCCUCCCGCUUGCUGUCACUGCACUAUUUCCAGUUGUUCUAUUUCCUAUGAUGGGUAUCAUGGACUCAACAGCCUGCAGCCAGUAUCUGAAAGACACCAACAUGCUUUUCAUCGGUGGGCUACUAGUGGCCAUAACAGUAGAGAAAUGGAAUUUGCAUAAACGGAUUGCCCUAAGGGUUUUGCUCCUUGUUGGAGUCAAGCCAGCCCUGUUGCUUCUGGGGUUCAUGGUGGUUACAGCUUUCCUGUCCAUGUGGAUCAGUAAUACAGCCACCACUGCCAUGAUGAUACCAAUAGCUCAGGCUGUCUUGGAGCAGCUUCACACUUCAGAAGAAAAACUUCAAGAGUGUCCAUCAGCCUUUGAGAAUGUCAAUCAAAAGGAAAAUCAAAUUAAUGGAUGCACCAAACUGACUUUUGAGGAUAAAGUAACCAAGGAAUCCAACGCAGAAGAUAGCAGAAAACAGAAGCACCUGAAGUUGUGCAAAGGAAUGAGUCUUUGUGUAUGUUAUUCUGCCAGCAUUGGGGGCAUUGCAACACUAACGGGAACCACACCCAAUCUGGUCAUGAAAGGACAGAUGGAUCAAUUGUUCCCUGGAAACAAUAAUGUAAUCAAUUUUGCUUCAUGGUUUGGAUUUGCCUUCCCUACAAUGUUAUUGUUACUUGCUCUCGCCUGGAUCUGGCUACAGAUUAUGUUUCUGGGAACCAAAUUUAAGAAGAAUUUUGGUUGUGGCGGAAAACCAGAACAAAAGGCAAAAGAAAAGAGAGCAUACCAAGUCAUCUUUGAAGAGCACAAGAAACUGGGCUCCAUGACAUUUGCAGAAAUCUGUGUCUUGGUUCUUUUCACCUUGUUGGUUAUUUUAUGGUUCACUAGAGAUCCAGGCUUCAUGCCAGGAUGGGCAACUAUCAGCUUUAACAAAGACGGAAAAGAGUAUGUCACAGAUGCCACGGUUGCUGUAUUUGUAGCACUUAUGUUGUUCCUUUUUCCAUCUGAAUUUCCAUCCUAUUUAAUACUAGGAAAAAAGUUAUAUAAAUACUUUGUACCACGCCUCUCUUGGACUGGGAAAACUGUAAACCAGAAGAUAGAUAUCCUAAGUGGAACAUUGUCAUCCUGCUGGGAGGGAGGAUUUGCUCUAGCUAAGCGGGCAGCGAGGAAUCGGGAUUGGCGAGUUGGCUUGGAGAUAAGCUCACUCCUUUGCAGAGUAUUCCCCCAGCUGCGACUUCGCUCCUUUGUCUUGUGUCUGCUGGUUGCUAUAUUUGGUUCACAGAUGUGUACUGUAAUGUAG